AUUUGCACUAUUUUGUACUCGAACGAAGUUUGUGUAUUCGUCAGGAUGUAGGUCAAGCGAGUAUGGUGAAUGACCUAACUUUGAUAGAUAACGGGGUCGAGCUGACACACUGCGUCAUGCUGACCCGAAACAUCGAGAAUAAUGUACUGAUCUGAACAACUAGCAGACACAACCGACACUGCUAUCUCAUGCCGCUAAGGAUUUUAGUUCUCAUUCAGAUAUGACUACCUAACAACAAAAUCCCCCAAAAAUCUUAUCUAACAAGACUAUUUGUCCUAAACCACCGGGCCCUCACCAUGAACUGGAGAAAAUCACGAAUUCGCAGAGCAGUCACAUGAUCAAUGACAUUAUCAAGAAAUGCCUCCUCCUAAGAAACCAAAGUCAGGUCCAACUACUGUAGAACAGUUUCUGUCCCAGGAGGAGCUGACCUCGCUGGAGAAAUGUGACCAGCACCAUGAAGGUGGUGACUCACAGAAACCCGAGUGCAGUGUCGAGACGCAGUCCCCCAAUACCGGUAACAGUUCCAGCAUUCAGGAAGAGAACAGCAAAAAAAACAGCAGCACCUCCAAAGGACAUUUUCAUAUCUUGCAAGAACUUUUUUCUCGGAGAGGAAAUGAAAAUGUUGAAAACAAUGCAGAAUUGCAGGAAUCUGCAGUUGACUCAGGGCGGCAAGGAAAGAAGUACUCACCCCACGAGACUAAAGAUUUGGCAGCUAGUCGCUACACUUAUGCAAAAGUCAUAACUACAACAUCAGACUUGAACCACAGCCAUUCCCCAGAGGAGCCUGACAGCCAGCUCGCCGGGGUCUGGCACGAUCAACAGGGUGGGGGAAAGGCGUACAUCUGGAACCCUCCGCACCAAGACAAGGAAUCUCUUCCACCAUGUGAUGAAACCUUCAGUUACCUACCUCCAAACUGUACCUCAACCUCGUCACGAAGAAAUACCUCAACCGACAACUCAUUUCCAGCACCUGACGUCUCGGGUGUGUCGCAGCUACCUCCAUAUUUACAGGACAGCUUAUUCUUACCCAAUGCAAGAUACCUACUCAGGAACACAAAUACUGAACCAUAUGACCUUUCUCUGAAGGGGAGCAACCUCAUACACAAGGGCAGCAGCAGCAGCAGCACCAACAGCAGCAGUGGUUUGGACAGUGGCUCUGACAAGCUGAACCUCAGUGUGGCCAUGAUGGUGGCUAUGUCCUCAUUACAGCAUACCUCAGUGUCUCAAGAAAACCAUGACAAACCUCACACGGCAGGCAGCGGUUUGUACCUCAAUGAUGCCCAUCAUCUCGCAUCACCAAGACCACCUCAUCCUCAACCGGUGAUCUCUCAGUCAGGGUUUGUUGGCGCAGGUGGGCAACAGCAGCAGCAGACACAGCAGAUGGCCGUGAUGGCGCAGGCAUCCUCGAGUCCUCACAUCAUGAGCAUUCUCACCAGCAGCAAGUCCUCGGUGUCGACGGGCGAACAACAUGGCCACCCGGUCUCGCUGUCAAGGUCAUCCGUGUCCACAGACAGCGGAAUAUCGGUGAAGGAAAGCCUCCCAGACAGUCCAAAUGGGGAUACGGCUGGUGCCAAGUCUCCAAAGGAAGACGGUUGCCUGCUUGCUCCAGGUGAAUGUAUGCAGGUCGCGGGGCUGUUGCCAGGCAACACACAUGCGCAGGCCCCGACGUCCACCACGCCCGUGGGACUUCGGUCCCUGAAGGAGGAUGGUCGGUUGGUGAUGCCUGGCCUAGGUGAGUGCUUGCAGCUGUCGGGGCUGGGACUGGCCAACUCUCACAACCAGGCACCCACUUCAACAACACCGGAAGGACUGGAAACCAAGUUCAGACCACCCCUAAACCUAGAGCUGCAUGGCCUGAUAGAUGAGAACAAACCCAAACAAGAGUUGCCAGGGAGUGCUAACAGUGUUCUGAAGGUGUGUCAAGUGUGUAACGACAAUGCUUCUGGCUUCCACUAUGGCGUGUGGUCGUGUGAAGGAUGCAAGGCCUUCUUUAAAAGAAGUAUACAGGGUCCAGUUGACUAUGUGUGCCCAGCCACAGAUUCAUGCACAAUUGACAAACACCGGCGCAAGAGCUGCCAGGCAUGCCGACUACGCAAGUGUUACGAAGUUGGCAUGAACAAAGGAAGCCAGCGUAAGGAACGCAAGAGCAGUGGUGGUGGUGCAGGCAAGGGUAAGCGGUGUCGUGCAGACUCGACAGAUGGUGCUGUUAACUCUACGAGCUGGAUUCCUACAGCUAAGUGUGCUAAACGAUCCCGCUACAUGUCGAUCCUUGAAGCAUUAAAGAAAGCUGACCUUCCUGUCCUACAAAGUUACCACAACCAGAAUCUUCCACCCACUCGAAUACACCUGCUAAACACCCUGGUCAAACUGGCAGACAGAGAGCUGGUGUAUCUUAUUAACUGGGCCAAACAUGUUCCAGGGUACACUGAUUUGUCCCUCACUGACCAGGUCCAUCUGAUAGAGUGCUGUUGGAUGGAACUGCUGCUCCUGAACUGUGCAUUCCGCUCCAUGGAACAUGAUGGAAAUCACCUGGUCUUCGCCCCGGACUUUCUCCUUGACAGAACACACUGGAAUGUCACAGGAAUGACGGACAUUUUAGAACGUGUUGGUGCAGUCUCGGAGCAAAUGGUUCAGUACCGUAUCAACAAGGACGAACUUCUUCUACUGCAGGCAACAGUAUUAGUGAAUGCUGAAGUAAGACGUCUUGCGAGUUCUGGCAAAAUCCAAGAAAUGCGUGAGAUGAUCUUAAAUGCCCUGAUGGAGGUCUCCCACAAGUAUCACCCUGACAACCACCAGCAUUUCGCCUCCAUGCUGCUUCUGCUUACACACAUCCGGCAGGCCGGCGAGCGCGGGAUAGCCUAUUUCCAGCAACUCAAGCGUGACGGCUGUGUUACUUUCUGUGAUUUGCUAACGGAAAUGUUGGAUGCACAUAACUCAACUAUUGACAGAAAACACGAGACCGAACAACUCAAUUGACACCACUGAGCAAUUAAAUACCGGAAUCCCCCUCUCCCCCCCCCCCCCCCAAAAAAAAAAAGAAAGAGAAAAAACCUGAAAAUACUAUGUACGUGCUCUAGGAAGAAAAAACAAAAUGGCUACAUAUGUGACUAUAUAGGAUUUUUGUGAUAAUUUCUUUUUCUACCACUCUUUUUUUUUUUUAAAUGCAUGAGAAGUGAUGUGAAUGAGUAUUGAAAUUUUACACGAGUGACGGUGUGGAGGUGAAUCUGCAUGGGUGAGUGCAGAAAUAAACGAGGUGUGAAAUGGAUGACAUUUGAUAAGUGCUUGAGCCUGUUUAACAUGAGUGAUAUUGUGAGAGAUGUGUUCUUGAUAUAGCUAACAUUGUGAUUCUUCUUUGGCACCGAGUGCACCUGUUAUGUAUAAUCUUGAAGAUUACAGUAUAAAGUGAUUUUUUUUAACAAGUUGACAUAUAAACCAGAGAUCAUUUUAACGUAACAUGUAUACACCAAGACAAAAGCAGUUUAUAUGUUUAUGCAUGCUUAUAUUUUAAGGAUACUUUUCAAUUAUACAUUUUAAUAAUUUAAAUUUUAAUUCUUUUUGUUUGCAUAUCAUGCCCAGCCCUUAUUUUCUUUUGAUUUUUGAAAACAAAAUAUUUAUAUGGACAGUGUUCCCACUACAAUUACUGUAUAAACACAUUACAUGUGUUAAUACCAAUAACAUGAUUUCAGUCCAGUCAUUAUAACCAGUGGUUAUAUUUACCAGGUAAAUCAAACUUUAUUUGUGGGACAUCAUUUUAGAAUUUAAUUGAACAAAAUGAAUCUAUUAAAUAGAAUCCCAACUGUGUUAUAGUCAUUGACAACUUGAUUCUGUAUUAUUAGACAAAUUAUUAUUUAUCAUUUAUUACACCGCUGCCAGCAUGCUGUAUUAGGACACAGAACCCAAUUGCCACACGACACGGGUGCAGUGGAAAACAGGAACACUAGGUAAACAUAAAUAUAACUGAAACAAAAAACAUAAAUCCCAAACAUUGCUACUUUCCUAACAAUAAUGUUUACCUAACCACAAUACAUCAUUAUGAUGCAGUGGAAAAAAAAGAUCUCACUAAAUAAACUUGGCCACAAAGAAUAAAUAUUUUGUGAAAUUUGAGGAAAACAAAGAUUUCAUGAAAAUAAUUUUGUCUGCAUGUGUUAAAAUAGUUAAAAGAUCUCUGGUUUGUGGUUGACAUUUUUGAUGUUAUAAUCAAGCUGUAAGCUUCUUGUCUCUGUGUCUUUAUACAUUGUAAAUUUACAUUGUAAUAUCCAAUGGCUUAUUUUACAUUUUAAUUUUUUUUAAAUUAUAAUGAAAUUAGUUGGCGUCUGAGAAACUAAUAUGUUGAAAUUUAUUGUUUUCUGUUCUCUAAUUCAAAGUUCUAAAAAAAAGUGCAGAAUGAGAAAAUAAGAAUUUUAGUCUUCAUUAAUGACCCUUAGAAACAGAUUUUAAAUGUUUAAUCUGGCUUUUGUAGACGAGGACCACUUUUAGUUAGAGGUUGUGGAAACCUGUUGAAUUGAAUAAUCACAUAUUUAUAUUCUUUUGUUUUAUGCCAACAGUUAAAGUGCUGUGAACAUUGAAAAGGUUCAGACACAUUUACCAUAAGCACAAUCACUAGCUUUAUGUUAGAGACUAUUAUACAUGCAUGUCUAAAGAAAAAAUGUAUUUAACAGUAGGGGAAAUAACUCUUAGCUACCAUUCAAAAGUAGGGAACUCGUAGAUUUCAUAUUUCUUGUUUUGCCCACAGUUUGUCCUAGAAUGGUUAUUCUCAUUCUUAUACCACUAAAAACAUUAAAACCUGUGUUUACACGGCAAUGUUCUGGUUCUCAGAUUCCUGGAACCUUACUGUCGUAUAUUUUAGUGAAAAGCUGUUGUUUCUGUAAUAGUGAUUCCCUAUGAAAUACAGUUACAAACUAGUUUGCUGUUCUGCUAUCAGUGAAACGAUUUUAAGCAAGUUAACCUUGCUUAUAAUUGAUUAUUAAUAACAUCUCAAUGGAUAUUGCUUACGGUUAGUGGGGUUUUUUGUGGGUUUUGUUUUUGUGGGUGUUAAUUUUAAAUUAAUGUGGCAAUGGUCUCUUUUUUUUAAUUUAAGAUUUUUUUGUGUGUCUGAUUUUAAGCAAUAAUUCACAAGUUUUAGAUGCCUUGCAAAUACUAAUUCUUAAAUAUUGUUUAAAAAAAUGUGGGGUUUUUAAAAGUUGAUCAGUAUGAAGCAAAGAUAUAACAAAGGAAUACUUUUAAUUAAUAAUGGGUCAGUAUGAAAACAUAUGUACUAAUUGAUAGUCCCGAGUCAGACCCCCGAUCCUAUCGGAGGCCGGACUCGGGAUAGGUGUGUUCGAAACCCUAGUGGUAUAUGGACACGUUAAACAUGUUACUAAGCUAAGCUAAUUGAUAAGUAACACAUUUAUUAAAGGCAGUGGGAUUUUUUUAUAAUUUCAAAAUAAAAUGAUUGUACUGCAUUUAAGCAUUUUUGUUGCCAGUUGCAUUUGUUUUUUUUGUUUUUUUAAAUAUUAAAAAUGGUAAUAAUUUUCUCACUUGCAAGUAUAUAUAUAUAUAUAUAUAUAUAUAUAUAUAUAUAUAUAUAUAUAUAUAUAUAUAUAUAUAUAUAUAUAUAUAUAUAUAUAUAUAUACUCAGCAUCGUCUUGAAUUAGGCCACAUAUAAAUAGCAAUCGGUUCGUAAUACACAUGCAGUUGAAAGUCUCUUAAUUCCAUGGUUUUGCUAAAUUCCAUCUCAUAACUAGCUUCCAUGUUGAAAAAAAAAACCAUUUAUUAAUUAAAAUUUUAGGUCCAUUAUCUUUCUUAUUUUUCAGAAACACGAAGGGCCUAUAACUUAAUUCUGUGGCAUGCUUAGUUUUAUUUUUGUGGUAUUGCUUGUAUUAUUAAAAAAGAGAUAAAUUCCAGCAUAUAUAGGAUAACAAAUUGUUCUUGUCCUUGAAGGAUUUGAUAUCAUACAUCACAGCAUUUAAAUAGAGGUUCUUCAAUAAUUCAACAUUUUUAUUUUAUUAAACCCCUCCUUCAUGUAAUGUUUUGUAAUGUUGUAACCACUCCACAAUUUUAAAUUUCAUAAUACCCUUGACACACCACACCAUCCCUUCCUUGACUGUCACCAUGAAAUGAUUUGACCAUAAACAAUGGCAUGUUUAUUUGAUUUCUUUCACAAUAAAUACUACCGUAAAUAAAAAAAUCAUCUAUUUGAUAGCAAUAAUGAAAUUAUUGCUUAAAUAUUUUGGAUAACAUAUUAGCCAUUUGGCGAUUACUGUAACCAUGAACAUUUUAUGUUGGAAAAUAUUGACUAAAUUCAUUGAUUGCAGGACACAAAUUCAUGAAAGAACCCUAAUGAUUGACCUAUCAUUUUUAAAAAAGGCUAUUUCAGUAUUCUUAAAACAAAAUUGAAAAUCCUACAUUAAAUAGCGUUUUGGCUCAAAAGAAAAAGUACCAUGCACCAAGUUAACUCCCUUGAAUAGUGACAUCGAUCAUGCAACUUCCCCCUGACUCUAGCUGUGUAGUGACAACUGCAACUGUGCAGUGACAGACUGAAAAAGGAUCAAGAAUGACAUGUAUGAAUAACAAUGUCAUUGUUGUUUUCGAAUAAAGUUUGGAAUGUUUAGCAUAGGUAUUUUGUAAGAGGCUGAAUUAAGCCUACAUACAAAAACCAGUCACCUAGAUUACAUGACACAAACUACGUACAUGUGUAUGUGUUUCUAUUGAGCUAAUGCUCGCUACCAUAUGCUGUUUGCAAACAGCAAACAGGAUGUAGCCCAGUGGUAAUGUGCUUGUCAUAAUGUGCCUAUUGGGUUAUUUCUCAUUUCUGCUAGUGCUCCACAUGUAUAACAAAUUGUGGUAUGUACUAUCCUGUCUGUGGAAUGGUGCAUAUAAAAGAUCCCUUGCUGCUAAUCAAAAAACAGUAGCUCAUUGAAUGGUGGCAGCGGGUUUCCUCUCUCAUUAUCUGUGUGGUCCGUAACCAUAAUAUAUGUCUUACAACAUAUAUCCAUAAAUGAGAAUGUGUCGAGUACGUCA